AAAGAUGAAGCUGAGUAAUAGUUGUUUGGCUGCAGUGCUUCCAGUCCAAAGCAGAGGAGGCAGGCAAAGGGGCAAGUGUGUUACAGGAGAGAAGCGUGAGCUGACCAUUAAUAUUGCUAGCUACUUUCUAAAGCUGCCUUUUUAUUUUGCAGGUAACCACAUAGUGGUGACUCUCAAGCAAUUCUCCUCUUGCUUCUUCUGAAGCAGAAGUAGGUCCUGAGCAAGGAUGCAGCAGCCAGAAGCUGGUGACAAGAACAGAUCCAUUCCCUCACCAUGUCCACCUCGGGCCAGCCUCACUGGUGACUCAUUCUACACACGCCGCUGCAUCACUGAGGAUCUCAGCUGGUCCCUGGUCACUGUCCCCCACCUCACGGAGCUCUGCCUCCAGCACAUUGCUCACAAUUUUGAAAAAAACCCUAUUUUGAGCAAUCUUCUGCCUGAGCACCAAAAGAAGGUGGUGGAGAAGCUCUCCACCAGCCUUCCACUCACUGUGACUGCCAACACAGUAAGCCAUGAGGAGUACUGGAAGAGGUGCUGUAUGGAGCGCUGGCAAGUGUGUGACGUCUCCAACUAUGGAGACAGCUGGAAACGGAUGUUCUUUGAACGUCACCUGGAGAACAUUCUGAAGUUUAUCAUCCCUAACACCACAGACCCCGAGCAGGUCCUAGAGCUCAUCCCGCUCUGCAAAGAAUACGUGCGGAAACUGGAGAUCAAUCAGUUCCUGCCACCUUUGCGGGAGGAUCGAAAGGAGGAGAGCCAUGACGUCUCUGACACAGAGGAGGAUGCUGAAAUUAGUGAGGGCUACAUGCGUCACUACGAUCUGAAAGAGCUCAUUACUGCUCUCCCUCACCUUGAAGAGCUUCAUCUCAUUUAUGAUGUGAAGAGCUGUGGCAUGAACUUUGAGUGGAACCUCUUUAACUUCACUGAGCUGGACUGCUCCAACUUGGCUGCUGCCGUGAAGAUGUGCCGUAACUUGAAAGUUUUCAAGCUGACACGAAGCAAAGUGGAUGAUGACAAGAUCAAGCUCCUGGCCCGUAACUUGCAGAAUCACCCUUGCUUGUUGGAGCUGGACUUGUCCCACAAUCUCAUCAGGGACCCCGGGGCACAAGCUCUUGGCAAGCUGAUCAGCCACAGCAAACUAGAAAUCCUUAAUCUGUGUAACAACCAGAUCUGUCACCUGGGGGCUCAGGCUCUUGCUCAAGGCCUGGCUGAGAGCUCCACCCUGACCUCCCUGAAUCUGCGCCUCAACUUCGUGGAGGACAAAGGCGGGGAGGCGAUUGGCCGUGCCCUGCUGACCAACACCAGCCUGAAGUGCCUCCAUCUGGGAAGUAAUAACCUGUCAGAGCCAACUGCAGCAGUGUUCUCCCAGGUCCUGGCUCAGAACACCACUCUGACGAGCAUCAACUUCUCAUGCAACCACCUGGGGCUGGUAAGAGAAGCCUCUUCUGCCACAGUCUGUGACCCUUUGUGGUGGCUUUGCAAAACAGAUCUUGAGCCUGUCUCAAAGCCACAGAGGCAAAUGCAUCCCUCAUUUUGCAUUCUUGCUAUGAUAAUAAUCAGUUGUGAGCAGGGAAGAGACUGUAGCAGAUGUCAGGAAAGAGAGGGACACCUUUUCUGCAUGAAAAUGCAUUUACCUUACUUGUUACAUGUAGCUCUGUUCAUAGGGCUGAAUCUGUCUUUGAGGCUUUGGGCUUUUGAGCAGAGAGGGAUUUUCCCCCUAGGAAACUGAAAACCAGGAAGCAUGUCUGGGAAAAAUCACAGACGCUUCGCACAUGUGAGUGUAGUUAAUGAUAGGCAGCAUGAGAUGAGGGUCUCAUGCAUAUCCUCUGUGCUUUGGAUCUGCUGUGCCAUCUGUCACUCAGCAGCACACAGAUAGUGUCACCCUUCCCAGAAUUUCUCCUGUCCAUCAUAGGCUCAGAGGAGAGUGUUAGAAAAUUGGCUUGGUUGUUGAGCUUCUUUAACUCACCCUGUGGCCUGGGAGCGGUGCGGUGGGUCAGGAGUGUCAUGUCUGUGUACUUGUAAGUGGCUCCUAAAACAUAGCCUUACAUUUUCUAGACAGAAGAACAUCCACAGAUCUUACUACAUCCCUAAGAGCUGCAGUAUGCAACAUGCCCACAAACCAGACCGCUUCUCUUCUGCUGAUUAAAAAGAGCUUUAGAAAUCUGAAACUAGACAGCCAAAAGCAAUCAUGCUGGCUUUUAAACUUUCUGUGCUGCCUCGAUUAUUCUCACUGUCAAAUAAAGAGACAGCAAGACCAGCUGUCCCUGCUGGCAGGAAUAUUGGCAUCAAUGUGUUUGACAAGGGUUUUAAAAGGAUUUGAUGGCAGAAAACCUUUUGUGAGUUUUGAGUUUUAUAGUCCUGGAUGUGGAAACCCAUUUGAGUUUAAUGAUGGAAGGGGGCAAAGGUUGGAAAGGAUAGAAGGAUUUUUGUUUAGUAAAUAAUAAUCUCUGUGCUUCAAAUCUUCCUUCUGAUGAGCUGUCCUGUUACCCAUUUGUGAAGUUCCAUGGCAGCCCAAAUGGUGGCUGGUAGUAUUAUCUUUGGGAAAACUGGGGGUUUUGCUAGAGAUGCAUUCAAUUCUGACCUCUGUAGCCCAUUAAAGAGAGACCUCUUCCCAGUCCUUUUUGCUCUGCCCUUUUCGGCAAAAGGGAGAAGAGGCGGGGUGUUGGGAUCAGGGGGCCAUCUGGAUGGAGGAGAAAGGGCAGGAGGUGUAUUUGGUACCUGGAAGAGAAUAGCAACAGCAUAAAAAAGUUCAAAUUCUCACAUCCCUAAAUACAGUGCUUCAUGUAUGGGGGGGAAAUGCCUCUGAGUGGGUUGCCUCCCUAAGGCUACAUCACAUUUUCUGUCUCAUGAAGGCUGGUCUUCAGUUCCAUUCCUGAGAUAUUCCUCUCAGGAAAGCCAACCCAGCCUGGGAAAUGGCAUCCAGACAGAAAACUGCCAGUUCUGGGGCUCUCACAACUGCCAAGAUGAGGAACAGCACUCUAAUCCAUUUGUGCCCAGCCAGCAGUAAGCUGGGAACAGGGGGACAGGGGGGAGCAGACUCCUCUCAGGUUAUCAUUGCCAGAUGUGUUACUAACCAGCAUGAGCUUGAGAACUCCUGACAUGGUACCCAGAGGGAGUCAUUAGCAUGUGUCAUGUCACAGAGAGCUGCAUUAAGUUACACUCCUUCUUUGCACUUCGCCUCUAAGCAACAUUUCAGACCUGGGUGGAG